UGGAAGAAUGUGCAAUUAUUUUAAUAGUUGGCCGAAGCUCUCCCCGUCAAAGCCCUGGCACUCCGUGCUUAGUAAGAAACGCGAUUAGAAUUUAGCUGACACCCGUGGAGGCAUGGAGUCUUGGCUGAAGAUAUCGUGUGUGCUGUGCAUAUUCGGGUUCCUGCGGGAGCUCCGACCUUCGGAGCCGUAUCACGCUGAGAUCCUCAUGGGGGAGUGGUAUCAUGUGACUCAGGACGAAGUCAAUCGCUUGGUAUAUCCUGUGGGCACAUACUCCUACCUGGCUCUCCUCAUCUUUGUCUUUCUCCUGACGGACUUGCUCAGAUACAAGCCCGUAAUCAUAGCCAAUGCUAUCACAGGUAUAUUCAUUUGGAGCACUCUGCUCUGGACUUCCACUCUGGGUGGGUUGCAGGCGGUGGAGGUGCUCUAUGGCUUCUAUCAAGCGGCCGAAGUGGCCUACUACUCGUACAUCUACGCCAAAGUGGACAAGCAGUACUAUCCCCGGGUAACCUCACACACCCGAGCUGCCAUGUUUGUGGGAAAGCUGGUGGCUGGACUCCUGGCCCAGUUACUCAUUGGAAUGGAGUGGAUGAACUUCCGACAACUCUACUACAUCACCGUGAGCUCCCAAGUGGUGGCCUUGCUUUGGGCAUUCUGGUUGCCCAAGGUGGAGAAGAGUUUGUACUUCCACAACAAAGCAGAAGCCAUUGAGGGAGUGACCAAACCAGAGGGGGGCAGCCUGGAGAAGGGCUCUAAUCCGAGCAUUGAACCUGAACCUAAGGUCACUUCGAAAGCGAGUACUCAGGCCUUGGAGCUCCUCUGGGCGCAUUUCCGCGCCGCCUACACCAACUCCCUGGUGAUACAAUGGAGCUUGUGGUACGCCAUCAGCUUGGCGGGAUUUCUGCAAAUCUCCACGUACAUGCAAGUGCUUUGGAAGUCUUUUGAGAAUGAGCCAACGAUUGUGUGGAAUGGAGCCGUGGAUGCUGCGCUGACACUUCUGAGUGCUGUCUUUGCACUUCUGGCAGGUUACUUCCAUGCUGGACGCCUCAGUACGAAGCUUAGUUUAUUGUCCAUGGCUCUUUUGUCCAUCCUCCAAGGUGGAUGUGUGUUACUGGCGUGCUGGACCAAUAAUAUAUACCUAUCCUAUCUGGGAUAUACCCUCUACGGCGGCUUAUUCGCAUUUACCAUAACGGUAGCCAGCUCGGAGUUGGCUAGUAGCUUGUUAGAGGACAGCUUCGCCUUGGUCUUUGGCUUCAACACCUUUUUGGGACUCAUCCUGCAGUGCAUCCUGACCUUUGUGGUCGUCUCCGAGAAUGCCAGCCUCAAUCUAAAUGUGUUCGAACAGUUUACUGUCUAUGCCUUCUAUUUUGUAGUCAUUGGCUUAGUUUAUUUUAUUUUUGUUCUGCUCCAAUAUUUUUGGUCAUGCUGCAAAAAAUCAAAGUCUCUUCAAGUAAAUUAAUUCUACAAAGUUCAAACAUAGUCUAAUUCCUUGAAUAUGUGAAGGUUCUUAGAUCUUAAGUUCUGAAUAAAAACAUAAUCUGUUUUUCCGAGAAACAGAGCAUUUAGAA